CUCGACCUGACUCCGCUAACCCGGCCCUCUGCCGGCCGCCCAAAGGCACUCUGCCCGGAGCAUGUCCGAUGAAAGGUUUCCCUUGGAGAGGAGGAGGCAGUGAAGAGGUCUCACUCUGCGGCUAUUUAUUGGUGCCACAAAAGGGAUGAGCUCUGAGCGAUGGCAUACUUGGAAAACAUUCCCGUCGCCAUUGGCUGGUGGACUGGAAUAACUGAUUACAACCGAAACUUUCCUGCAUCCUUACCUUUAGUGGCCCUCUUGUGCAACAAAGAGGCGCAACAGCUGCGCAACAGGAAUGCGCUCUGCUGUGUCGCUGUUUAACCAUGGUGUCCAAAAAACCAACAAAUAUCCUGUGGAGUAAACGAUCAAAUUGAACAAGACUGCCCCCGUGCGGACGGAGCGGAAACAUCGCUUCAUUUUACUGGCUGACACGCUGACAGCCACGCGACGUCACUUCCGGCAUAUGACUUUCCCCGGGAAUCUGAUUUGGCGCGGACUGUUCGGUUGUUGUGUUGAUCGGCCCCGUCGUGUUGAGCAGCUGUCACUGAGCAAACGUCGAAGCCAAAAGAGUUGAAGUCAUGGCGCCAGUAUCAAACCCAGAGAAAGACGCGGACGGCGACGAUGGAGGUGAUGCCUGCAGUCUGGCAAGGACUCGCCCCAAACGGGAGAAGCGAGAGAAGGUGGGAAGGAAGUCCGCGCUGGAGCAGCUUAAGAAAGCAAAGCUGGGGGAGAAGAUCAAAUAUGAGGUGGAAGAGUUUACAAGUGUGUAUGAGGAGGUGGACGAGCAGCAGUACUCGAAGAUAGUACGGGACAGACAAGAGGAUGACUGGAUUAUUGAUGAUGAUGGAACUGGAUAUGUGGAAGAUGGAAGAGAAAUCUUUGACGAUGAUUUGGACGAUGAUGUAGUUGAAAGCAAAAAAGGAAAAGGUUCUAAAGGAGCCGACUCAAAGAAAAAUGUGAAGAAAUCUGCUGUAGCAAAGUCCAACACCAUAAAGAGCCUCUUCAUGAACAGUAAUGUCAAGAGGCCUGCUGAGAAAGACGUGGACCUGUCCAAAGAUGACCUAUUAGGAGACAUCUUGCAGGACCUGCACUCUGAGAAGUCAACUCUUCUGACUCUUCCCCCAGUGGUCACGCUAAAGAAAAAGAAACCUCUUGGAUCACCCAUGAAUCCCUUUUCGAUCAAACCUCAGAUGACAAAGGAGUCACACUCGGCUACAGGGUCUAAGGCCAAAGUUAUUAGGCCACCACCUUCUGACUCGACCCCCAGGUCAUCAGCCCGCCUCCCUCCCACCGCACCGGCUCCUCUUAUAGAGAAGCAGAAGGCCAAAGUGAAGAAGUUGGAUGAAGAGCAAGUUAAUGACACUCUGGGAUUUGAUGGGGUGGACUUCGAUGAGCCGAUGGAGGUCGGGCUUGAGGAGGAGACGCCUGCACUUAAAGAUAAUGCAGAGUCUUCACAUAAAGCAGAAGGGGCAGCAGUUAAAGUGGAGCCAAAAGCAGAGCCACAGGACCCGGUCUUAUUGCCGAGCAGGAUCGGAAGCUCGUGGGGACAAGAGGAGGACGAUGGAGUCAGCGAGGCUCCAACAGAGAUACAGGUCGACUCCAGCCAGCUCCCAUUGGUGGAGGGAGCAGAAGGGGAGCAGGUUUUCCGCUUCUAUUGGUUGGAUGCCUUUGAAGACCCCUACAACAAACCAGGUGUGGUGUACUUGUUUGGGAAAGUGUGGAUUGAGUCUGCACAGUCUCAUGUCAGCUGCUGUGUCACUGUCAAGAACAUUGAGCGGACCAUGUACUUCCUGCCUCGCGAAUAUAAAAUUAACACCAAGACCGAGGAGGUGACGGACACUCCCGUCGGAAUUAUGGACGUUUACCAGGAGUUUAACGAACUCUCAGAGAAGUUCAGAAUCAUGAAGUUCAAGUCCAAGAAAGUGGAGAAGAGCUACGCUUUUGAGAUUCCUGAUGUGUCCACUCAGUGCGAGUACCUGGAAGUCAGAUAUUCUGCUGAGUUCCCUGCACUGCCUUCAGGCCUUAAGGGGGUGACCUUUUCCCACAUUUUUGGAUCCAACACUUCCAGCCUGGAGCACUUCCUCCUCAGCAGGAAGAUUAAAGGGCCUUGCUGGCUGGACAUCAAGACACCACAGCUGGUCAGCCAACCAGUCAGCUGGUGUAAGGUGGAGGCUGUAGCCUUGAGGAGUGACCUGGUCACUGUGGUCAGAGACCUGUCCCCUCCACCCAUCACCAUCAUGUCCAUCAGCCUCAAGACGAUCCAGAACCCCAAGACGCACCACAACGAGAUUGUGUCCCUGGCUGCUCUAAUCCACUACCAGUUCCAUGUGGAUAAAGCUUCACCUCAACCUCCAUACCAGACCCAUUUUUGUGUGGUCAGUAAACCGGCUGACUGUAUCUUCCCCUACGACUUCAAAGAUGCUGUGAAGAAGAGGAACGGCAAAGUGGAGAUAGCUGCCACAGAGAGGACUCUGCUUGGCUUCUUCCUGGCCAAGUUGCACAAAAUUGACCCUGAUGUGCUGGUGGGUCACGACAUCUUUGGUUUUGACCUGGAGGUGAUUCUGCAGAGGAUCAAUGUGUGCAAGGUUCCCCACUGGUCUAAAAUUGGACGCCUCAGGAGGGCCACUAUGCCCAAGCUAGGGGGUCGCGGUGCCUUUGCAGAGAAGAGCGCAACCUGCGGCCGUCUGGUGUGCGACGUGGAGAUGUCUGCCAAGGAGCUGAUUCGCUGUAAAAGUUAUCAUCUGACUGAACUAGCGACACAGGUGUUGAAGAUGGAGAGAGUCACAGUACCUCAGGAAAACAUCAAGAACCUCUACAGCGACUCUCCUCACCUGCUCUACCUGUUGGAGUUGACAUGGACAGAUGCCAAGCUGAUCCUCCAGAUCAUGUGUGAGCUCAACGUGCUGCCACUGGCCCUGCAGAUCACCAACAUCGCUGGCAACGUCAUGUCUCGUACUCUGAUGGGUGGUCGCGCUGAGAGGAACGAGUUCCUGUUGCUUCACGCCUUCCACGACAAAAACUACAUCGUCCCCGACAAACCCUCCUUCAAGAAGACCCAGCUGGAAACGGUCGAGGGAGAAGACGACGUGGACGCAGGGAAAGGCAAGCGGAAGAAGAAAGCAGCCUACGCUGGAGGUCUGGUGCUGGAUCCUAAAGUUGGUUUCUACGACAAGUUUGUGCUGCUGCUUGACUUCAACAGCCUGUAUCCCUCAAUCAUCCAAGAGUUCAACAUCUGCUUCACCACUGUCCAGCGGGAGGCUUACAACAAAGGGAAAAAGAAGAAUGAGGAGUGGUCAGAUGAGAUUCCCGAAAUUCCAGAUAAAGACCUGGAGAUGGGAAUUUUGCCCAAAGAAAUCAGGAAGCUGGUCGAGCGGCGUAAACAGGUCAAACAGUUGAUGAAACAGCAAGACAUAAACCCAGACCUCUACCUGCAGUAUGACAUUCGUCAGAAGGCCCUCAAGCUGACUGCCAACAGUAUGUACGGCUGCCUGGGAUUCAGCUUCAGCCGCUUCUACGCCAAGCCACUCGCUGCGCUGGUCACACACAAAGGUCGAGAGAUUCUGAUGCACACCAAGGAAUUGGUUCAGAAGAUGAAUCUGGAAGUCAUCUACGGAGAUACGGACUCCAUCAUGAUCAACACCAACAGCAGGUCUUUGGAGGAAGUCUACAAGCUUGGCAACAAGGUGAAGGCCGAAGUAAACAAGCUCUACAAACUGCUGGAGAUCGAUAUCGACGGUGUGUUUAAGUCCCUUUUACUGCUGAAGAAGAAGAAAUACGCCGCCUUGGUGGUGGAGAACCAUGGCGAAGGACGAUACAGCGUCAAGCAGGAGCUCAAAGGCUUGGACAUCGUCCGCAGAGAUUGGUGUGACCUGGCCAAGGAAUGUGGCAACUAUGUGAUCGGUCAAAUCCUGUCGGACCAGAGUCGAGAUGUCAUUGUGGAGAACAUCCAGAAACACCUGGUGGAGGUGGGAGAAAAAGUAGCAGCUGGAACAAUUCCACUCAACCAGUAUGAGAUAAACAAGGCUCUGACCAAAGAUCCUCAGGACUAUCCAGAUAAGAAGAGCCUCCCUCACGUCCAUGUGGCUCUAUGGAUCAACUCCCAGGGUGGUCGCCGGGUCAAAUCUGGAGAUACAGUGUCUUACAUCAUCUGCAAGGACGGCUCCACGCUGGCAGCCAGUCAGAGGGCCUAUGCUCAAGAGCAGCUCCAGAAGCAGGAGGGUCUCAGUGUGGACACUCAGUACUACCUUGCCCAGCAGGUCCACCCUGUGGUGUCCCGCAUCUGUGACCCCAUUGAGGGCAUCGACGGCGUGCUCGUCGCCACGUGGCUGGGUCUGGACCCGAGUCAUUUCCGGGCUCACCAGCAGUACCAGAGGGAGGAAGAAGCUGAUGGCAUGCUGGGAGCGCCGGUCCAGCUGACCGACGAAGAGCGCUAUAAAGACUGUGAGAGGUUCACCUUCACCUGCCCUCAAUGUGGCACUGACAACGUAUACGACAGCGUCUUUGAAGGAGCUGGAUUAAAUUUGGAGCCCAGCUUGUUGCGAUGCUGUCAUGUCUCCUGUGGGAGCCAACUCACCGACUACCCUGUCAACAUCAGCAACAAACUGCUCCAUGACAUCCGUCGUCAUAUCAAAACGUAUUACUCUGGCUGGUUGGUGUGUGAAGACCAGGCCUGCCAUAACAGGACCAGACGUUUGCCCAUCGCCUUCUCCCGCCACGGACCCAUCUGCCCUGCCUGCACCAGGGCCACCCUCAGACCCAAGUACUCCGAGAAGGCCCUGUACAACCAGCUCUGCUUCUACAGGUUCAUCUUUGACUGGGACCAAGCAGCUGCCAAACUGCCAUCCAGUGAUGAGAGAAAUCGUGCAAAGCUGUUGGGCAGAGACAGUAUCGAUGUGUACCGGAGGCUGAAGGACGUGCCGGACAAAGCCUUGGCCACCAGCGGCUACUCGGAGAUUAACCUGGCAAAACUGUUCCAGGCGUUCUCCUCCCUCAAGUGAAACAACACGCACGCAUCUCUAAAGUCAACGGCUGCCAGGAAGCUCCAACGUCUGACGCAGAGCGGGACAGUUGCACAUUCAUCCACAUCUGUUUGAUCUUUGUGUUUGUCCGAACAUAUAGAAGGGAGAAUGUUAGGAUUUGACCUACGAACCCGAUAUCGUCUUCUCUGAACCUAACGGGCUUGUUAUUUGACUUAAAACCCAAUCACACCUUUCCCCUUCUCCAGUGUCUUCAGAUAGACACACACUUCUUGACCCCAUCACAAUGGCUCUGUAUGGUAAAGAGGGUAGCAAUCAUACCUGUAUCAUAAGUGUGUGUGUGUGUGUGUAGGUGUGUGUGU